AUGAGCUUAUUCAGCGGAAUGAGAGGCAAAGAUAAAACAUUUAGGGCUAAAAAGCAUAUUCCGGAAAGAACACAUCAACAUCGGCUUCAAAAAUAUGCUGAAGUUACUCUCGGGUCAGGAAAUUUGAAAUUGGCGGUCCAGCUGCCUGAGGGAGAAGACUCACAAGAGUGGCUUGCUGUUCAUACUUACGAUUUUUACAACCAGAUUAACAUGUUGUAUGGAAUUAUUACCGAAUACUGCACUCCGCAACGAUGUCCCGUUAUGUCAGCUGGAGCAAGAGUUGAAUAUCGGUGGCAAGAUAACAAGCAAUAUAAGAAACCAACUACUGUCUCAGCUCCGCAUUAUGUUGAUCUCCUUAUGAAUUGGAUACAGGGGCAAUUAGAAGACAACGAUGUCUUCCCCAGCCAAUUAGGUGCUCCAUUUCCUAAGAAUUUCUCAUCUAUAGUAAAGACCAUUUUCAAACGUCUAUUCCGAGUAUACGCUCAUAUCUAUUGCCAUCAUCUAGAAGCUAUCCAACAGUUGAAUGCCGAACCACAUCUUAAUACUAGUUUUAAACAUUUUAUGUAUUUUGUCUAUGAAUUUAAGCUGAUGGACAAAUCGGAAAUGCAGCCAUUGGCUGAAAAAAUAACCAACGUUCUCGGUGAUGAAUAUGUUCUCACAUGA